AUGGGCACCGCCAUGGCUUCACCACGACGGCCUACGCCGAUGGUGAUGCUUCUCGGCGCCAUCUUCUUCUUCUCGUCACACGUGCUCGCCGUCGCCGCAGUACUGGGUGUUGACCUGGGCACCGAAUACAUAAAAGCGGCGCUCGUGAAGCCGGGCAUUCCUCUCGAAAUUGUCUUGACCAAAGACUCGCGUCGUAAAGAGGCAUCCGCUGUUGCGUUCAAGCCUUCCGACGAGCUCCCGGAGAAAGGGAAAUUUCCCGAACGGUUUUACGGCAGCGAUGCCAUGGCCGUCGCCGCGCGGUUUCCUGGCGAGGUGUACCCAAACUUGAGGACCCUCCUCGGCCUCCCCAUCGACGACGCCAUCGUGCAAGAAUACGCCGCCAGACACCCUGCCUUGUACCUCGAAGCCCACGGCAGCCGGAAAACGGCCUCCUUCAGAAGCAGCCUCUUGCCGGCCGACGCGGACGCGUGGAUGAUCGAAGAGCUGCUGGCCAUGGAGCUGCAAAGCAUCCAGAAGAACGCCGAGGUUGCCGCUGGCGGACAGACUUCGGUACGCUCCGUCGUCCUGACCGUUCCGCCCUUCUACACGGCCGAGGAGAAGCGGGCCAUCCGGAUGGCAGCAGAACUGGCCGGCUUGAAAGUUCUCAGUCUCAUCAGCGACGGUCUUGCCGUCGGUUUGCACUACGCCACCGGCCGUCAGUUUCCCAACAUCAACGAGGGCGCCAAGCCCGAGUUCCACCUCGUCUUCGACAUGGGUGCCGGCUCCACGACGGCCACCGUCAUGCGCUUCCAGAGCCGCUCGGCCAAGGAUGUCGGAAAAUUCAACAAGACGGUGCAGGAGAUCCAGGUGCUCGGCAGCGGCUGGGACCGGACUCUUGGUGGUGAUUCUCUCAACUAUCUCAUCAUGGAUGACAUGGUGUCCAAGUUUGUCGAAUCCGACGGGGCGCGGAAAAUCUCGGCCACCGUCGAAGGUGUCAAGUCUCACGGUCGAGCCAUGGCGAAGAUCGCCAAGGAAGCGGAGCGAAUGCGACAUGUGUUAAGCGCCAACCAGGAUACGCAAGCAGGCUUCGAGGGCUUGUACGAGGAUGUCGACUUCAAGUACAAGAUCACUCGCGUCGACUUUGAGGCCAUGGCCGACGGUUACGCCGACCGAGUCAAGACCACCAUCGGCGACGCCAUGAAGAUGUCUGGGCUCGACAUAGACGACCUCGAGUCCAUCAUCCUUCACGGCGGCCUGACACGAACUCCUUUCAUCCAGAAGGUGCUGGAGGAGGUCGUUCGCACAGCCGACAAGCUUCGCUCGAACGUCAACGCCGAUGAGGCGGCUGUGUUCGGCGCCGGAUUCCGGGCCGCCGAAAUCAGCCCGAGCUUCCGUGUGAAGGAAAUCAGAAUUUCCGAAGGCACCAUGUACCCGGCGGGCAUCAAGUGGACGGUCGGCAGCGGCAAGACGCAACGGCAGCGUCUCUGGACUGCGUCGUCGGUCAUGGGAGGCCCGGCCAAGGAGAUGACCUUCACCAACAAGGCCGACUUUGCCAUCACCUUUUACCAGCAAGUGGACGGUGUUGACAACGACAUCAAGACGAUGACGACGACGAAUCUCACCAAGACGUUGGCUGCCGUGAAGGCGCAGCACCCGACGUGCGUCGACGACGAGGCGGUAUUCAAGGUCUCUGUCAAGACGAGGUCGGAGAACGGAGAAGUGCAGGUUAUGCAAUCCUAUGUCGAGUGCGAAAUCGAAGUGGCCGAGAAGGACGGCUUCGUCGAUGGCGUCAAGAAUCUUUUUGGUUUUGGAAAGAAAGGCGAGCCGUCGAAGGAUGCCGAGGAAUCGGGCAAGGGUGAUGAUUCGAAGAAGCCGCAGGCAUCCAACGACGACGUCGAGUCAUCCACCUCGACUACGUCAACGGCGUCGGCCGAUUCCUCGGCACCUUCGGGGACGGAGUCGAAAGGAGCAGCGGCCAGCGAUGAAGCCACCCCCCCGAAGAAGAAGAAGAAAAUCAUCUCCAUCCCCGUCGGCUUUGUGCUCAGUCUGGCCGGCAAUCCUUCCCUGUCCAAAAGCGAACUGGCGGCGGCCAAGAACAGGAUCGAGGCGUUUGCGGCAUCUGAUAGAGCACGGAUACAGCGCGAAGAAGCGCUCAACAUGCUGGAAGGUUUCGCGUACAAGAUCAGCGACCUCGUCGAGGGCGACGACUUCAUCACGGCAUCCACGGAAGCGGAGCGAGCAGCCAUGACGGUCAAGGCCAGCGAGUUUAGCGAGUGGAUCUACGGGGACGGCGUCGGUGCCACGACGGCCGAGUUGAAGGCGAAGCUCAAGGUGCUGCAAGACCUCGUCCAUCCCGUCCAGAAAAGGAUAGAGGAGGCGGAGAAGCGACCUGAGAUGAUUGCCUUGCUCCAAUCAUCCAUGAACGAUACGAACCUCUUGGUCAGCUUCCUGCGGAAGCAGCUUUCGGACUACGAGAGCUGGAAGGUGUCGGCCUCGGCAGCCAGCGCCUCCAAAUCCAGUUCCACAGCCAGCCCUUCGUCGGAGCCGGCCUCGGAGAGUGUCGAUGACUUGGACGAGGAGGACGGCACCGCCAAGUCUGGCGAGAAGGCCAAGGAUGAUGCCGGUACCGACAAAACUGGAAAGAAAGCCAAGGACGACGCCGACAAGACUGGGAAGAAAGCCAAGGACGACGCCGACAAGACUGGGAAGAAAGCCAAGGGCGACACCGACAAAACUGGGAAGAAAGCCAAGGUCGACAACGACAAAACUGAGAAGAAAGCCAAGGAUGACACCGACAAAACUGGGAAGAAAGCCAAGGUCGACAACGACAAAACUGAGAAGAAAGCCAAGGAUGACACCGACAAAACUGGGAAGAAAGCCAAGGACGACGACGACGCCGCCGCCAAGACUGGCAAGACGGCCAAGAGCAGCGGUGGCGCCGCCAAGGGGGGCAAGAAGGCCAAGCAUGACGAAGCGACGGACCAACGUCCGCCGACAUAUACGAAUGAGGACGUUGACAAGCUCGAGGCUCUCCAAGAGUCGACUGCCAAGUGGUUGAAAGCCAUGGAGGUCAAGCAAGCAAGCCUCCCUCCCACGGCCGACCCUACGCUCGUCUCGCAGGACCUCGAGGCAAAGGCCAAGCAGCUCAAGGAGGCAAGGGCGAAUCUGGCUCGUCAGAGUAUCAAGUACGAGGAAAGCAAGAAAAGGAGAGCCAGGAGUAGGAGCCAGGCUGGCGGCAAAAAGAAGGCCAAAUCGGCGGGUGCACAGGUACCGCUGGAACCAAUCGACUUCAACGAACCCGUCGAACCGCUCGAUCCAAUCAUGAGGAAGGGCAAAAAUGGUCCGUUGACGACAGAAGAGUUGAAGGAGAUUGUCGAAGAGUUUGAGAUGAAGGAGAAGAAAGAAAAAUUGGCAAAGGCGAAGGUGAAGGGCUCCUCUGGCGACAAAGAGCAGUCGGGCAAGGCGGGUGAAGAAAGACCGGUCAAGUCGGCCAAGCCGGCCGAGUCGGUCGAACCCGUCGGGCCGAAAUCCAAAGGAAGCAAGGGGUUAUCGAAGGAGGAGUUGAAGAAAGUGGCGGACGAGUUUGAGCGCAAGGAGAAGGAAGAGGCAGCAGCGAAGGCCAAGCCAUCGAAAAUGAAGGCGGAUCGGGAAUCGGAAGGUGAUGGGUCAGAACACGACGAACUUUGA